AUGCAGCGCCGCUCUUCCCUCGUCAACGGCCGACGGUCCGCGCGUGCCUGCCGGCGGUCCGCGCGUGUCUGCUUCCAAGAGCCCAUCAAGCAGUCCGACAUCGACUCGAAGCAGCUUGAUUUGAGCGACUCUGCCGUCGAGCGUCCUUCGCCGAUGUGGCGCGCCGAGUGGGACGCCUUCCACGCCAAGGGGGAUUGCCCUUACCCGCCGCACCCGCCGCAAAAGUACCAGUGGCUGCCCAUGACGACAACCGGGCCCAUCCUCAACGCCAUCGGCCUCGUGAUGUGGGUCCCGCUCGGCGUCGUCACGUUUUGCAUUUCCCUCGUCCUUAACUUGUGGACCUGGUUCAUCGCAUACACCUACCAUGGCGGCGCGCACGGUCUCGCCGCGAGCACGACCCUGCCUCUCAGCAACCGCAUCAUUCGGAAGCUCUUCUCUCUCGUCGACGUCUGCAACGUCACUGAGAUCCCCAAGCCGUGGGAGGAAGCCAAGGCCAAGGACGCGUUCGAUGCCUUCCGCGUGCGCAACGGCUUCGCGGAGGACGAGGCACGGAUCCUAGUCACCGCCAUCCCCGACACGGUCAACAAGCCAGAGGUGUGGCACAAGUACCGCAUGACGGACCUGGCGUCCACAGCCACAGUCCACUACGUGCACGUGCUGACUGCGCCGUCAAAGACCUUCGUCGUCGGAUACACGAACUUUCGCGAUUUCGAUGGGACCUCCUGCUUCAACCUCAUCAAGGGCUUCGUCGCCACGUACUACGACGGCGAGGCGCCGCUCGUCCGGCCGGCCGUGGGCUCUCCCGAGCUCGACCUGCGGCUAGACACCGAGAACGAGGAGCUCAAGAAGAAGCUCGGGGCGAUGCCGGCGCUGCGCUGCGCGGUCGGGACCAGCUACACGAUGGCGGUGCAGUACGGCCGGUGGCUUCUCUCGCGAGAGCUUUUCGACGCAUUCGGUUGUGCCAGUCCCGAGUGCUGCUCGGUAAUCGAGUCGCUCAGUCUCGAGGAGACAGCAAAGAUGACCGCCGCCCUCAGGGCGAGGAAGCUCAAGCCGUUUGCUCACCUCAUGACGACCAGCGCGGAAGCUGCAAAGAUCGUCCCGAAGCAGUACCAGGUCGAGCGUCCGAUCCUCCUCACGCAGGUCAGCUGCCAGAGCCGCUACUACAUGCCAAAGGUCGAGCGCAACGUGUGCGGGAACUGGCUGAUCGGCCUCGGCACCCGUCCGACGCUCGACGAGCUGAGCAGCGAGUCGUGGGCGUCCAAGUUCUACGCCAGCCUGAUCGACCACAUCGAGAGCUUCUCCGGCAACGCGGCGUGGAGCUUCAUCAACCAGACCGUCUACGGCAUGAGCGGCUACCGCGCGAACCCGCGCAAGAUCUUCUGGUUCAACAAUUACGGGCUGCGCUCGAUGCACGAGGGCGCUGGCGGCGUGACAUACCACUGGGCGCCCACCUACAGCGUGGCGACCUACUUCCUCGUCUGCUGCGUGUGCGUCGACGGCCGCAUGUGCAUCACCAUCUCCAGCUCUGUCGUCCCGCAGGGGGAGCUGCAAAAGGCUGUCGAGCACAUGAAGAAGAUGCUCAUCGAGUCGGCAGGUGGCGAGGCGCUGACCACCAGUGAGGCGCGCAUCGGCCUGAAGGCUGCGAGCUUUGCAGCCAAACUUCGCCGCAGGACGGAGCGAUCGUGCGCGAAGCUUCGCCGCUCCUCGUUCGCCGCCGCAACCUUUGGCGGUGCCGUUGCCUGA